AUGAAUCACAAGGACCACCACGAACCGGGACUAAGUUCCUCCUCUCGGAGCACCCGCAAACGUCGCGAACCAGACGGCGGAGCAGAUGCAGAACUGAAGUCGCUGCACAAGGCUCUUCGUGUAUCCCAGGACGAUUCUCGGCGCCCGUCGCCCACCUUCAUCGACCUCACCACCCCUCCUCCCCAACCCGACCACGCGAGCGCAAAUGCUCGGUUCCCCAUCAAGUACAAGGAGGAUCACGAUAGUACGAGCCACCUCUCAUCCUCGAAACCAAAGACCGAGGAGCAACCGCGAUCUCUGCCUACCUCGCGCUCGCGUACGAGGGACGCCGCUCCGGAGCACGGUCACGUCGGGUCCUCCAACGAUGGCGAGACUACAGAGGUCACGGUUUCCGCGAAGCUCACCAGGCCAUGGCUUCACAAGCCCAAGAACGACGAGUACGCCCGCUACCAGAUCCCGCCUAUGAACGGCCAGCCGGACGAGAUCCCCGAGAAGCUGCAAGCGAACAUCGCGUCGCUCCAGCAACGCUACAGCGCCUUGUCGUUCGAGCUCUACUACGUUGAGUUCCAAGACGACAUCAAAUGGGGUCUCAAGUGCGUGUCGUGCGGCUGUAACGACAUCUUCUACCUGUCCGGGCUUGGGAUUCAUCAUGUCGUGACCCACUUGGGUGGGAAGCGGCACCGUAACGGCCUGGCUCGAGAGGCCGCUGCGCAGAAGCGGCGGAUGCACGAAAAGGCGAAUAAAGCAAAGAAGCGUCGCGAAGUGGCCCCUCAGCAACCCUCCUCUCCUCCUGCCGCGUCGAUCUCCGGAGCGCCGAUCGCCCAUGGCUCCAACGCGCAACAUGCACCGGCUCCGGCUCUGGACGAGGUCGAACGCUUCCUCGAGGAGAUCGGGCUGCCGACGGCGCUGGCCGGAGUGCUCCGGAGCGUCGGGAUCAAGGACGACGGGCGCAUCCAGGCGCUCGGCAAGCUUUCGGGCGUGUUCGUCGAGAAGCUGGAUGCGUCGCUGGCGGACGCUGGCCUUGACUUCGCCGACAGAUUGCUGGUGCAGAGCGGGCUGAAGGCGCGGGCCGGAUUCGCGGCGUGA